CCAGCAGAGAGCAGUGGGUGGUUGGAUGUGAGCGCCACCGACCUGUCUCUACUUCCAGAUCGAAGAUGGCGGUCUCGGUGUUCCCCGGCGUGCGGCUCCUCUCCAUCGGAGACGCGAAUGGAGACAUACAGCGACACUCAGAGCAGCAGCCCUUGAGGCUAGAAGUCAAGAGCACACACGAUGCCGCCCUCAUCAAUCUCUCCAAUGGAGAGGAGGCGAGUGUGUUCAAGUGUUCGGUUUCCAGGGAGACAGAGUGCAGCCGCGUGGGGAAGCAGUCAUUCAUCAUCACACUGGGCUGCAACAGUGUCCUGCUGCAGUUCUCCUCACCUGCAGACUUUCAGUCCUUUUAUAACCUCCUGAAGAACAGUCGUGGGCACGUCAAUGAGCGCUCCACCUUCAGUGAAAGAACAGAGGACUCCUCUGCUGUACAGUACUUCCAGUUUUAUGGCUACCUCUCCCAGCAACAGAACAUGAUGCAGGACUACGUUCGGACAGGGACUUACCAGCGGGCUAUUCUCCAGAACCACACCGACUUCAAGGAUAAGGUGGUGCUGGAUGUUGGCUGUGGCUCAGGGAUCCUCUCCUUCUUUGCAGCCCAAGCUGGAGCCAGGAAGGUUUAUGCUGUGGAGGCCAGCACCAUGGCACAGCACGCUGAGGUGCUGGUGAACAGUAACCGUCUGGGGGAGCGCGUGAUCGUCAUCCCGGGGAAGGUGGAGGAGGUGACUCUCCCCGAGCAGGUCGACAUCAUCAUCUCGGAGCCCAUGGGCUACAUGUUGUUCAAUGAGCGCAUGCUGGAGAGCUACCUGCAUGCCAAGAAGUUCCUCAAACCCAACGGUAAAAUGUUCCCCACAAUCGGUGACGUCCACCUGGCCCCCUUCACUGAUGAGCAGCUCUACAUGGAGCAGUUCACCAAGGCCAACUUCUGGUACCAGCCCUCCUUCCACGGUGUUGACCUCUCUGCCCUGCGGGGAGCAGCAGUAGACGAGUAUUUCCGCCAGCCAAUUGUGGACACAUUUGAUAUCCGUAUUCUGAUGGCCAAGUCGGUCAAAUAUACAGUCAACUUCCUGGAGGCCAAAGAAGAUGAUCUCUACAGGAUAGAGAUUCCGUUUAAGUUCCACAUGAUGCACUCAGGCCUGGUGCACGGCCUGGCUUUCUGGUUUGAUGUGGCGUUCGUGGGAUCAUCGAUGACCGUAUGGCUGUCCACAGCGCCCACGGAGCCUCUCACCCACUGGUACCAGGUGCGCUGUCUGCUGCAGUCCCCCCUCUUCACCAAGGCUGGGGACACGCUGUCCGGCACCGCCAUGCUGUUGGCCAACAAGAGACAAAGCUACGACAUCAGUAUUGUUGCCCAGGUGGACCAGACAGGAUCAAAGUCCAGCAACCUCCUGGACUUGAAGAACCCCUUUUUCAGGUACACAGGCACCACCCCCAACCCCCCUCCUGGCUCACACUACACCUCCCCGUCCGAGAACAUGUGGAAUACGUCCUACAGCAUGAAUCAGGGGAUGGCUGUAUCAGGGAUGCCUGCAGCUUAUGACCUCAGCACAGUCAUUGGCGGCGGCCCGGCGGUGUCUCACAACAAUCUCAUCCCCCUGGCGCAGCGGGAUGGUUCAGACCAGCGGUUUGAGCAGACGUUUUCAUGUUCUGGGCUCCAGUCGGCUCUGCAGCACUUGAACACCGGAAUUGUAAACCACACCCACUCCAGGAUGGGCUCCAUCAUGAGCACAGGAAUUGUCCAGGGAGCCACCACAGGCCAGUCGGGUCCCAGCAGCAGUGGUUCUUAUUAUCCCGUCACCAACCAGUUCACCAUGGGGGGCGCCGCCAUCUCCAUGGCCUCGCCGAUGGUCAUCCCCAGCAACACCAUGCAUUACGGCAGUUAAGACGAGGACCACACAGAGACCUCUUCAACCGCCCCGCCCCCGCAUGACAAGAGAUUCCCAGCCCCCACCCAGCCCCGACCGAUGCACCGACCGCAGCCAAAACCAAUAUACCAAAACCAGUGCUGUGCUGGCACUGCCUCCCCUUGUUCGUCCUCCUUCUACUUUGUUCAGUCCAUCACUAUAUGAACGGUCGAACGCUCUCGUAUCCGUCCAGACUCUUAUGUCUCGCCGACAGACGAAAACCUCCUUUUCUUCUCCUCCUUUUCUUCUCCUCCUUCGGAUCUAUUGGGACGUCACCUCGUGCACAGCUGUUACUAUCUAUCCCCUCCUUCGUUCAACGUCCCACCCCUUAUCAUUUUUGUUUUUUAGGUGUCAUAAUGCCCCCUGAAAAUUGUUUCUUCAACCGCCUUUCUCCCCUGAGACUCAACUCGCUGCCAGAAGCCACCAAUCUACACUAAAGCUUUUCGUUUGUACAAUUGGGUCAUUGUUAUCAUAAUGAUCAUCAUCAUCAGUACUCGUCUCUGGGCUGUAGGCUUCUCAUAUCUGUUUCAGUCCUCAAGGGCCCUGCCACACUCCCACCACCCCGCUCACAAUGCUAUGCAGAUAGUGUUGCUUUUACGCGAAGCGUUUUUUGACGUGGACAAACGGACAUAUUGGCCACGGUGAGGUUCCACAUUGAAACAGUGGUGUCGAUGCACGCGCCGGGUUCCAGAAGAACGACCCGCCGGUCGCCUUCCGUGCUGAGCACAGACAUGCAGCACCGCGAUCAUCUAGUCCUCUUCGCCAACAACCGGCAGGAAGCGGGCUCCGUGCUAGCAUGCUAGAGCACAUCAGGGUCAGAUCAAGGGUGACCUCAUUGUUUUACAAGCUGCACGAUUUUCCAUGCCAAAAAAAGUUUGACACCUUACACAUUACAGGCUAGAUCCAUCCUCAAAAAUCCAAAUAUUGAUCAGCGCAGCUUUACAUGUGCUUGCAAAUCUUCCCCCAUAGCCGCAACGUGGUUAGCCUAGCUCGAAGCCGAGAAGCUACAACACUGUCUCUAUCUAAAGUUAAAGUAAACACCUGUCUUAGUUCAACUUUAUGAAUAAAGUAUUCUAAAAAUGUCAAAGUAAGACUGUACAAAUGAAAGUUUACAUAGCACUAUGCACCGUCCAAACUGAACAAAAAGUCGGGGGACAUUUUGAAUCUGCUCGUACAACCAAUUAAUAAAAGGGGUUGAUGGACGAGUGUUUUCGACAGAGUUCGGAUUUGCCACAAGUCCUAGCACGGCUACAUCUGGACUAGACUCUGAAAUUGAAUGAAUUAGUCUUUUCAUGCGACUUUGGGCAUUGAUGGCAAACCAGCACCUUUUUUAAAAUGGGCACGGUUCAGAGCCGCUACAGAUUGUCACACUCGGUAAGGUUGAGGCUUCGGGGAGGUCGUAUCGCGUUUAAAAGGGAAAGGUGUGCGUGUAGCCGGUCUAAAAAGGCCACACGAGACCUGAGUCUCCAGUCGUUAGUCGUCGUUAGUCGCCGUUAGUCGGAGACACAGAAGAGCGCCAUUUGUGAGCUUGAGGGAGAAUUUCAACACAAGGUGACCGGUGGGACAAACUGUCCGUCUUAGUUCAAACUAGAGCUGUAAACCUGCUGCUUCCAUCGCACAUGUCUCUUCACCCCAAACACCUAGUUUUUCUUGUUUUAUCUGAGUGCACAUAUCAGCAGUCAUUUGUCGAGCCAGAUUGCACUGGCACAGUUGGGAGGGGGGGGGGAAAGAUUCUGAGAACGAACCGGUAAGGACCAAUGAUCCCCAUGUGGCAGCCAGCCGGCCACCAGAGUGACGCUGUUCUGGAUUGGCAGUUUACACCCCCCUUCCCCCUCCUCCCGACCUCCUUCGGGACGAAGAGACUUCAACGUCGAGGCGUGGGAGAUAGGGGCCAAUCCUGUGUGGCCCCCCCACACACUCCCUCCUCGUCUGUUCACCAUGUAUGACCUCUGACAUAUCGCGGCCCUCUCGCCCCCCUUUAUCCGUCACGGACAGAAGACUGACACGCGUAUGCAUUGCUUCGCAACCAUCAGACUUGAGUUAGAAAAGUUUUGAGAGAUCUGAGAAAAAAGUUUCUUUGUAGAAUUAACCUUUUUCUUUUUGUUAUCUUAUAUUUUGUUUUGUUUUUUCUUUCACAAAAAACUACAAACAAUGAAAAAAAAAAUUUAAAUUAAAUGUGGUGGAGAUGUUCCAAAACCAUCCUGGAAUCAGUUGUAGUACUUUUUAAUUUGUCGAAUAGACUGCGGACGCAGAUGAGAUGUACACUAGCCUGUAGCGAUCAUGUCCCCUUUUUGUUGUCAUUGAACCGUUUGCUCUGUGUAGUCGAAUAGUGGCAUUCACUUUUUUUUUUAUCAUGGAAAUGUGUGAGGAA